GCCAUUAUGGAAAUGUAUCAGGUCGAAUGACCGUUGUUAUUCUGUGUUAACGUUAACGAACGAUGGUAACUCAAUGAGAAUAUUAAAGGAUUUCUACCGUUAUUGAUACCGAGACAUAAUAAGGUUAAUGAAAGGGAGAGCAUAGCCCUAAUAUUGCUUUGGAUGGUACGAACUCUUGUGACCUGAAAGAAUGAGUCAUAAAUGGGCACCAAAUACCUGGGUAAAAAUAAGCAGAGCAUUUCAUUUGUGUCAAACACAUGCCCGCAAGUCAGCAGCAUCUCUUCCCUUGUGUGGCACCUCUCACUGCAGGGUUCAUGUACAACAGCCUUAUUGCUACAAGGUUGGCUAUCUCAGCUGGAGGCACAUCCAUCACCUGAGGAUCACUGGGCGUAAGGGAUGGCUCUGUAAAGCUAACCAGGUUCGACAAAGGCUUGGACUCCACACCAGCACCUUGAAUUUGAACACAUCUGCCUCUCGGUGGUCUGCUGGUCUCAGCCAACACAUGUCGCGGGUCAGGAACACACUGGACACAGUUUCUAAAGCUGUGAGUGGGAGGCAUACAGAACUUCUCUCCAAAAUUGAAAGACUCAAGCCUAAUGCAUUAAAGGGUGUAACCAAGGCUGAGGCAAGUGUUGAGUCAGCGCCCAAAGCUGAGGAGAGUGAUGUCACGCUUACUCCAGCUCCUAUUAAUGCUGCUCCCACUUCGACAUCCACUACACCCAAACCAAUAUGUAACUCAUCACCUGCCAGUCCUUCUAUUCCUACUUCUGCUGCUACAUUUGAUGCAAGUGCCACUACCUCAACCCAUCCCCACAACUCUGACAAAGCGAAUGUCACAGGCACAAUCCUGACUGUGCCUAAGGAGAAAAGGGUGAGACGUGUUGUUCCCGCAGUCAAAGCCAGUCCUGCCAGGAAGCAAGAGGAGCUUAAACUUUCACCAGGUGAAACUGAGAUCAACAGCGCAACUUCCAAACAACCCAUAGCACUUUUCCACCCCAGCACCUUCUCAGUAAACCUGGAUGACACUUACAACUACCUGGCCCAUCACAUCAACACAUACUUUGGCAGCAGUACAAACACUCAGGAUAAGAAAAGGGACAAUGUUGACUUUUCCUCUGCUUCCUCUCAGGGUAGACAAACUAGAGAGCUCAUACCAGUGUUUGAUAAACCAGCCUCUGCUGCUACAGUUAUCCCACCUCCUAAGAAGGGUUUAGGACACUACCUGUCCUACUCAGCUCCAACUGUACAAGCCUUUGUAGGAAGCUACAUUGCUCCCCUGGUCCCAAGGUUUAGGGCAGCAGACUCCAAAAGUGCUGCUGUGGAGGUAAAGAAGUCUGAGGAAGCACCGGUCAAACAGGUUGAGGCCACAGUUAGUAAGGAGAAGAAGUCUGCAGAGGAGAAAGCCAAUAAACUUCAGCUUCAAAGGGAGAAGAUCAUUGCCAGGGUGAGUGUGGACAAUCGAACUCGGGGUCUGGUUCAGGCUCUCCGCAGGGCUUCAGAUGUAAGGGUCUACAUCAACAGGGUGGAGGACCUCAGCUACCAUCUCCUGGAGUUUCCAGAUACCAGUGGCGUUGCAGUCAAGGAGAGGGUUAUCCCUUGCCUGCUGCGUCUGAAGCAGGCCAGUGACCCGGGCCUGAGGGCAGCAGUCAGAGAAGCCCUCGCUCUGGUGGGCUACCAACAACCUGUGAAAGGUCGAGGAAUAAGGAUCCUGUCCAUAGACGGAGGAGGAUUAAGAGGACUUCUUGCACUUCAGACGUUACAUAAGCUGGAAGCUCUGACCGGCAAACCCAUUUACAAACUCUUUGACUAUAUUUGUGGUGUCAGCACAGGUGCUAUCUUAGGGUUCAUGCUAGGUGUGUUCCAGAUCCCACUGAACGAGUGUGAUGAUCUGUACCGGAAGUUGGGCUCAGAUGUCUUCAAGCAGAACGUCAUUGUUGGCACUGUGAAGAUGGGCUGGAACCACGCUUUCUAUGACAGUGAAGCCUGGGAGAACAUCCUCAGAGAGAAAAUGGGCUCUCACCUUCUGGUGGAAACUUCAAGAAACCCAGAAUGCCCCAAGGUGUCAGCGGUGAGCACCAUUGUGAACCGUGGGACUCCUCUGAAGGCCUACGUGUUCAGGAACUACAACCUGCUGCCUGGGCUGCGCUCUCACUACCUGGGGGGGUGCCAGCACCAGCUGUGGCAGGCCAUCCGCGCCUCAUCAGCCGCCCCGGGGUACUUCCAGGAGUUCACUCUGGGAAAUGAUCUCCACCAGGAUGGAGGUCUGCUGAUUAACAACCCCACAGCCCUGGCUAUCCAUGAGAGUAAGUGUUUGUGGCCCAACACGCCUCUGGAGUGUGUGGUCUCACUCGGUACGGGCCGCGCCUUUGAUACUCCUGGCAAGGGCACCACCUCCACGAGCCUCAAGACCAAACUCAACAAUAUCAUCAGCAGCGCCACAGACACUGAGGAGGUUCACGUCAUGCUUGAUGCUUUCCUCCCCAACGGCACUUAUUUCCGCUUCAACCCCUACAUGAGUGAGGACAUCUCGAUGGAUGAGAACCGGCAAGAGAAGCUCAAUCUGCUGCAGGCUGAGGGCCUCCGUUAUCUGGAGAGGAACGAGCAGAAGCUGAAGAAAGUUGCUCGCAUCCUCACCCGGGAGAAAGGCUCCGUGCAGAAGAUGACAGAGUGGGCCCAGCUCAGGGCUGACAUGUACAACGGGGUGUCCUUUAAAUCCUCCAAGGUGUAGGUCCAACACAGGCCACCUUUACUUCACAUGGAAACUCUUUGCCUAAAAUAAGUCAUAGUUCCAUUAUUGGUGUGUCAAAAUCGUUAAGAUCUUCACCUGUAUCUCUUCAGAACAUAUAAGUAUGUGUCCAACAUACCCAACACUACUUUCCGCUUCUAUCAUACUUCACACUUUGAUUGUGAGUUUAGUGUUUUAAGGGAUGCAAUUUGCAUGAAAAUGCAUCUGGUUGCCAUUCUUGUUGGAAGCACUCAACUUAUCACUGUGUUGCAUUCAAGGACGUGUCAAAUGGACGUGGAUUUGGGGGCUCCGGUGACAGGGAUUCACGGUCAGCUUGCUAGCAAAUGCGGCUUGUACAUUUAAAGGUAGAGCUCAACCUUUUGGGAAAAAAGGCUUAUUUGCUUUCUUGCCAGAAUAAUCUGCAACAAAUUAAAUGGUAGCGAUUUUCUCAUUUAACGAGGAUCUAAUUCUGUACGGUAAAUAUAAAGAUGUUUAGUGGUUGCUUCGUAAAAAGACUGAAAAUGGAUUGCAUGUUCUCUCUAACUAUUUAUAAUUUCUAGACUUUUUGCUAAACUAAGCUAACUAGCUGUUGUCUCUAGCUAACCUUUUCAUAGAGAUAUGAGAAUGGUAUCAAUCUUCACAUCUAACUUUUUUCAAGUAAAUAUUGCUCUAUACAAAUACUGUACACGUUCACAGUAGCCAGUAACAGACUGUUAAACCAAGUGAUCCAUUUUUAACCACUUGCUUUCUUUUAUAAAGAUUUGUUAUGACCACCAGCAUAUCCUCCAAAAGUUGUUUUUUCAGAAAACGUGUAGAUGGGAUAUAUGUGGUAUUGUGCAGUAUUUGUCAAGCUAAGCUAGCAAUCUGUAACACUGUAAAACUUAGAUGUCAAGUAAUGACUUAUUUUUGUAAAUGGUAAAAUCAAGGCUAAUUUGAGCACUUAUUGCUAGAGACAUUUAUCAGAAUCUAAAUUUGCACCUUUAACAAUGCAGCUAUUAAUCAAAUGUGUAAUUGCAUACUGUUUAAAGUAACAUUGGUACAUGUGGGCCUACUUUAAGCCAUACAGUAUUGUGUAUCCUGUAUGUAAAUGCAUGUUAUAUUUAAGAUGUACGCACAAAGACAGUAUAUAUGGUUAAAAAAUGCUAAGAAGUACGUUAUAUGUUGCAAAGAUUUAGCCUAGUGUUUAAUCUACAAAAUACCUAUAAUGAUGAAUAAAAUAGCAUAUAUAUAUAUAUAUAUAUAUAAGUAUCCAACUGGAAGCUCGCUGUCAAUAGGAUGUACUUUUAUGUAUUAUUUUACACCCCGGGUAUUUUAGGUUCAUUUGUUUCAAACGCUUUUAUCAUCGUGUGCUUGAUUGUUUGGUUUUAUGGAUCCCCCACAGGCGAUACACAUUUUCUGCUCUGUCUUCACUGUGCCCUCUUUCCCUUUGAUGCCUCUUCUCAAAGCCUCUUCCUCCCUUUCUACCUUGUAGUGCUGUGUGUGUCGUCCUCGUCCCCCCCACUCUGCUGUACCAUAACAUCUGUUUAAAUCAUGCAGGUCACAGCUGAGAGACUGCUUUAAACCCGAUUGCUGCUUAUUGAUUUGUCAUGGCUUAAAAUCAUUUUCAUGACAUGUACAGCAUAAAAAAUGCACUGCAGACAUUCAUGCCUAUGGUCAAGUACUGUAAAACCGAUGCAGCAAUGUGUCGGUCACUCCCGGAGGACCUGAGGAUAUUCCCUAGAUUAAUAUAAUUCCACUGUUGAUCCUGUAUAAAACUGUUUGAGAGAGUAUGUAAUUAAAACCCAUCACUGAA